ACUGGGUACCAAACAGCUCUGUGUCACAUGAGAGGCCUGGCUGGAGUCACAGUGGCCCAGGAUACUAUUCUUAGCUGCAGGAAUGUACACAGUGGCCUCAUGGCGAGCGCCGCAGCUCCUCACUGCAGAGCCUCGUCGUUUCUGUGUGUCGUGCUCCUUCUCGCUCCCGGAGAACACGACCCACUCUCUCUUUCUGAACCAUGUUUUUUAUUGUGUGCUCGGAGAUGAUUCUUUUUCAGACCACACUGACAAGAUAUCUUGGAUAUUGUUGACUUUCUGAGGGCGGGAGAAUGGCCUGUGGACCAUGUGAAGUUUUCGCUUUCAAAGACUCAGAGCUUCCCUCCAACCUCCUCGUCCAGCUCAACAUCCUGCGGCAGGAGCGCAUCCUGACCGACGUCCUGCUCUGCACCGAGCAUCAGGAGAUCCCCUGCCACAGGAACGUCCUGGUGUCCAGCAGCCCGUACUUCCGCGCCAUGUUCUGCAGCAACUUCCUGGAGAGCAGCCAGGCCCGGGUGAACCUGAAGGGAAUCUCCUCGAGCGUCAUCAGUGGCAUCGUGGACUACGUCUACACGGGCUGCAUCUCCAUCACGAUGGAGAUUGUGCUGCCGCUCAUGCAGGCAGCAUCCAUGCUUCACUACGGAGGUCUCUUUGAGGCCUGCUCACUGUUUCUCCAGGGGCAGCUGAGUCCAGAGAACUGUCUGAGCAUGAUCCGCCUCUCUGAGAUCCUCCACUGUGAGAGCUUGAGGGAGAGGGCCAAGGAGAUGGCCGUGAGGUGCUUCUCUGACGUUGCUGCCACAGAGGACUUCUGCGAGCUGUCUCUCCCUGAGCUCAUGUGUUACCUCGAAGAUGACCGUCUUUGUGCCGAGGAGGAGCAGGUGUUUGAGACCCUGCUGGCGUGGAUCCACCAUGACCCGUUCUCACGACGCGGCGCGAUCCACGACCUCUUCAAGAAGGUCCGUCUUCGCUACAUCCAUCCAACGUACCUCUUCCAGUUCAUAGCCAAUGACCCCCUGGUGCAGUCGUCCACGCUGUGCACCGAGAUCAUCGACUCGGUGCGUCGCCUGAUGCUUACAGUCAGCACUAAGUGUAGCCGUGAGCUCAAGCCGCUGUGGACCACACCUCGACGCUACACCUGCAGAGAAACACUGGUGGUGGUUGGAGGACGCAAGAACAACGAGCAAACCUCACGUGAAGCACUGCUGUACGACGAGAGGACCCAUCGUUGGCAGUGGUUGGCCAAGCUCCCUCUGCGGCUCUACAGAGCUGCAUACGUGUGCAUCCACAGCAUCCUCUAUGUGCUCGGCGGCCUGAGCCUGUGCAUGCCGUCGGGCGACAGCUCGGUCAGCGCCACAGUUUACACACUCUCCCUCAAGACAAACCAAUGGAGGACUGCCGAGCCCAUGUCGGAGCCACGGUACGCCCACCAGAGUGUGUCCUAUCAGCACUUUAUUUUUGUGUUGGGAGGCAUCGGGGUAGACAAGCGGAUCUCUCAGUCGGUGGAGAGGUAUAACAGUAUGUUUAACCAGUGGGAGGCGAUGGCGCCGAUGCCCACAGCCGUGCUGCAUCCGGCCGUUGCAGCCAGUGAUCAGAGGAUCUAUGUCUUUGGAGGGGAGGACGCCAUGCAGAACCCAGUCAGGCUGAUUCAGGUUUAUCACAUCGCUCGCAAUUUGUGGUCGAGGCUGGAGACGAGGACGGUGAAAAACGUCUGUGCCCCAGCUGCUGUCAUAGAGGACAGGAUCUACAUCAUAGGAGGGUACACCAGGCGAAUGAUCGCCUACGACACCAAAGCCAACAAGUUUGUCAAGUGCGAGAAUCUGAAGGAGCGAAGGAUGCACCACAGCGCGACCGUGAUCAACAACAAGCUCUACGUCACCGGCGGACGCAUCCUCAACGGCCAAGAUGUCAUCGAGGACUCGGACUGCUUCGAGUGUUACGACCCAAAGACGGACGUUUGGACGUCAAAAGGCUCUUUGCCGUACAAGCUGUUCGACCAUGGCUCUCUGCCACUGGUCUGUGUAUCCAACAGACCCAACCCACCAUGACCUUUCAUCCAAUCUGCCACUUUUGGCAAAAAUUGGCUACAAGUUCUCCACCUCCCUUUCGCCAUGAUCUAUCGGCCUCUAGCUUCACAAAUGGGAAACCAUUUUGUAACAGACUGCAUUGUCUCACGCAGCUCAGUCUCUGCCACAGCUUAGCGGCACGUUAAUCCAGGCUGACUUCACCGUGUCAAUCAAAGAAGAGCUCGGACCGACGUGCAGAGCCGUCACGUCUGAGGCACCUGGGGUGGAACCGAACCCCGGAGAUGACAAGAGGCCGUCUGCACAACAAGCAGCUGCUCGGACACAAAAUCCAAAAAGCUCUCUCCGCAGACGGCUGCACGCGUUUGAUACUAACUUAACGUGUUAAUGUGUUUAUUUCACCAGACGUUUACACACAGCAGAGGACUCACUGAACUGAACACAUGUUAUAUAUCUGUUCGUGUGUUAACUCAAUAUGUUUAAAAUGUCCAAUCAGACAUUCGCACUUUGAAGAAAACACAUUCCUCCAUGACCCUCAUGCUUCUAACAGGGUUAACAUGACGAUGAUGAAGUGUGACAAGCUCCCAUGGCAAAGUCCAUCAUGGUCGAUCUUUAUUGGUGUAUAUGGCUGACAUGUUGCCAAGAAGAACAGUUUUAUUGAAAUGACAUUAUCCUGUUUUGUUGGUUUAAUCCAUGAAGCUGAGAUCUAUUCCUAUUGCCCCCUAACAAAGCGUGUUCUGUGUUUUAUUCUUCAUCGCGUGUCAUUGUUACAUGAAGAAAAUGGCUUCUCAGGCAGCUCCGAUGAUGUGAGGGAAUGUGACACUGCUAUAUUUGAAUGUAAAGUGCCUGGUGGGUAUGCAGUGACCUGCUACGCGCACUUAUAACUGAAAAAGGGUUUUGGGGAGAUCAGUGAUCUGACAUCAAUCUUCCAAUCGCCUGAGGAAACAACGAGACAACACAGGAAGAUGCCAGAUGUCCCAGAGGAAAGGAGAAUUCAAAAUAGCAUCUCUUCUAUGUCUUUCCUUUUCCUCCCUCGACAUAACUGAGCUCCAUUUAAGGAUCAAUAUGAGAUUUAGACUAUUUUCUCAUACGUCUUAAAUUUAGCUCCUGAGAAAUAACUUUCCUCUUGUCUCAGCCUGAUCCUCAGUUCAGAUCUUCAAAUGCUCCCAUUUCUGUCGCCCUCCGGGUUGGGAGAAACGGAUCAGAAUUGAGUAAUACUCAAAAAAGAAUGUAUUUAUUUCUCAUGAGACAAAGAAAAGACAGUGAGCCAAUGAGAUUGUGAAGACAUAUCUUACCCAGGGGCGUUUCACAAAACCUGGGAGGCCGAACACAAUUGUUGUUGCUGUGGAGAAACGUAAUCAGUCGUUCUCGGGGGCCCCCUUCUCAGUUUGGGGGCCGAGGUAACUGCAUGGCAUCUGUACCCUGUUGAAACGCCCCUGGUCUUAUCAUCACUGCGUCUACUUCCUGUACCGUGACCCCAGGUGAUGGUUUACAUGGAAAACCUGUUGUCACCCCAAUGGAUCAUCUGUGUGUUUGAGACUAUUUAAGACCCUGAUCCUCUGCAUCGUGCACAAUGUGCUGCUGUUACUUGCACAAGUGAAAGAACUUUCUUUUUCUUAUUUUACUUCUAUAAAUGAUCAUUGAUUUCCCUGCGUGUGUGUGUUGAAAUGCUGACGUAGGUUUUUACAGAACGUGGUGACAAAACAAACACAAUCCUGUUUUGAAUUUAUUGCUUUGAAUGUCCCAACGCACCAGAACAACUGGUGGAGUCUCUGCUUACUGGUCCCCAGUUGAACUUAAACGCUCCCCCAGUUGUCUGCAGAGCGUCUGAGUCAUGUUCCCUUCAUACACAAGAACACAUGGUUGACACAGACACACGUUGCUAUCAGGUGACGCGUUUGCUCGCCGUUCAUCCCGAAGCCCCGCGGGCCUUAUAUUUAACUUUGGUGUAAUAGUGUAAGAAUUAUGACAGAAAGUUUGUCUUAGAGGUAAAGAACACAGGGUUUAUGUUACAGUGAGACUGACAUGUGGCGACCUCUUGAUCCUCCAGAGCACAUUCCUCUCAUACGGAGCGUCGGCCAGCAUGUAGGAGCUCCACAUGUGGGCUAAAUAUGUAGCUACACCCCCAACACACACAAACAACCACCCCCAGGCUCAACAUGUAUACAGUCCUUCGGUGAAGCGGACUUAAGGGGAAGAGAUCUAGGAUCAGAUUUCUGUCUUAGCAUUUUAAACCACUGCCUGUCAGUGGGUUUAAGUCGCCCCUCGUUAGCCUGGUCCCUCUGAAUGUCUCAGAACAGCCCCUCUGUGUGUGUCCAUGUGCUGGCCUCUGGACCCAAAACAUCAUCUGGACAAAACUAAGACUUAAAAAAUCUGAACACUACUGAGUCAAGUGUCAUCUGCAGCGUUUAGGACCGACACUGUGGGACUUUUCACUGAGCUGCUGCUGAAUGCGAAGCCUAUUCAGACUUUUUAUUGAGUGUGUUUGCGUCGCUGUCUGAAAACAGUCAUAGAAAACAGUGUGAGGGUCACUGCUCAGCCAGGUUAUUUUCAGGGUCUGUUACUAACCCAUCAUGGGGUAACAUUUCAUUGCUAGGCUGCACAAACACACACAGGCGCAGCAUGCAUGAAGCAACACACACACAGUACAUACAAACCAAUCUACCACUAUAAACAUUAUACUGUAUAACAACUCAUGUUUACAUUUGAACUUUUUUACCUGAAUCUGAAAACUCCUUUUUAUAUUUAGUUGCUGGUUGUAAAAUCAGUUCUACUUUAACAGAACAGUUGAGUUUUUUUUGUUGUGUAAAGAGAAAUGUUACAAGCAGAGGAACCACGUGUUGCCAGUCUGGACCUUUACCAUUGCCCCUGUGUCAUUGUGAUGGACCGGGCUUUUAAGCCGGUUGCACCUGUACGGCUGGGAAUGAUUUAGAAAUGUCAAGAAAGUCCCACAAUGAUCAGAUUAUUACAUUGGUCACCUCAAAAGUUUUUCCUCAACUCAUUUUGAGCAUCAGUACUAAAAUGCCUGCACAAACAAGACAAUUACAAUUCACUUAAUUCAGAAUUUAACAAGGAAGGCACUCACUAGAGUACAUACCUCCAACAAGACCCAACCAUCAUUCAAUCAAGUGGCACCCAAUUACACACACUCAUCAGUUCAUCAAGAUCCAGGAUUUAUUCUCUGAGAAAUCAAGGAAAAUGUUAAAAACAAUCUCACCAGAGGAAAUAAAAGAAACGCACACAACAUUUUAGUGAAAAUAAGCAACAGGUUUAAUUUUAUUUUCAAUACCAGAGUAAAACUACAUAAAAACCAUGUCACCCAUCAUGAAACCAGGAAAUUCUUCAGGCGAUAGCUUCAGCUGAUGAAUCUAGAGCUACUUGCAGGUGAAGGUCAUACAUGUAAAGUAUUUCAGUUUGAAUGGACACAUUUUUAAAUGAUUUCUAUUGUAGUUAGUCAGCUGUAAAGAUAGAUUUUGAAUGGCAGCAUUUUUACAGUGUCAACAUUAUCCAAUAUAUCAACUCUGGAGAAGUGGUGCAAUUUAACAUGGGUGCAGUACACAACUCGUACCACAAGAUGUCGCUAAGACAACAGGAUGAGGCGAGGACAACAGAGGUUUCCCAUCACUGCCCUCUGCUGGCGAUAUCUUUGAAAUUCUGCAUUAGGGUACGAAUGAUGAGGAUUUUAUUAUAAUUUCUUUGAUAAAAACAAAUAGGUCACAGUUCAGCAUGCACACAUUCAUUACACAGGUCCAAAGUAAAACUGAUCAAAGGGACUAAUCUACUGGAACAUGGCAUCGGUGGACAGGCGGGUCAGGCUUUGUGAUCAUUUGGUGAAAACUGUCACAGGUCGGAAUAUGAACACGAGAUGUUUUAAAUGUGUACUUUAUAUGCAAGUUGGACUAUAAUGUUCACGGAGCUCAUUCAAUGACAGUUAUUAACUUAAACGUUUCCUACAAUCAAGUCAGUGGAGUGUUUUGUUUAAGCCAUUAUUCUUCCUUUGGAAACAAACCGCAGACAUUCACACACAUACCUUCAUUCAUGAGGAACCCUGGGAAAUGGCACUAUGGACCCAGAUGUAACAAAUAAAGAUUAAUUAUUAUUAUUAUUAUCAUCAUCAAUUAAUUAAGACAAAAAAAAACUCAACAUAAACAAUAAAUUGGUCCAAUAAAAGUGCUAUUUGCGAUUUAGGAGUAUCUUAACACUGAGGAGUUUAUGAACAAUACAAUAGAAAUAAAAUAAAAGUACUAUCAACACAAAUAUAAGGACACUAAUAAUAAAAAAGGUCUGAGAAAAAAAAAA